CCAAGAAGGUCGCUCACUCUUGUGGACUUUAAGGUUCAGGCACGGCAGUCCUCCAUGGCUCCUUACCACAUCCGCAAAUACCAGGAGAGUGACCGCACACAGGUCCUGGACUUGUUCUUCCAUGCACUGGAUGAGUAUGGCCCUGCCUCCUUCCACCACAUCCUAAAGCUGCCCCGAACCUUCGUGCUCUUGCUUGGGGUGUCCCUCGGCCUCCUCCUGGUCUCUGGCUCCUGGCUGCUGGCCCUCAUAGCCAGCCCCACCCUCCUCACUGCUCUGAGAUUCCUCUGCAAAUACCCCUGGACCAAGUUUACAGCCGAGUGCUUGCGCACAGACAUGUCCAACAUCACCAAGUCCUACUUGAGUGAGCCCGGCUCCUGCUUCUGGGUGGCUGAGGCUGAGGGGCAGGUGGUGGGCAUCGUGGGGGCGCUGCCUGUCAAGGAGCACUCCCUGCACAAGGAGCAGUUGGAGCUGCUGCACCUGUGCGUGGCCUUGGAUCACCGACGUCAGGGGAUAGCGAAAGCCCUGGUCAGGACCGUCCUCCAGUUCGCGUGUGACCAGGGCUACGGCCAAGUCGUCCUCACCACCAGCAUGCUGCAGCACUCGGCCUUGGCCCUCUACCAGCGCAUGGGCUUCCAGAAGUUGCAUCAGUUCUCCCCCCUGUGCUGGAGGCUGCUUACUGUUCCUUUGGUUACGUUUGUCUACUACCUGCCCUCUGCUCAGGCCUCGUGGGCACAUGAGUAG